AUGGCUACAGUAUACUCAUUCGAUCAUUACACAGAAUCUUGGAUCGAAGUAUCCUCUCAGCCUUCCUCCUCCUCUCUUUCCUCCGCCGCUGCAGACGAUGCUGGCCCGACUGGUGUCCGAGUACAGUACGAUAACCAUGGCCGCAGAAGACGCCGCCUAGGUCGCAACGAACCUCUGCCCCGUGGGGUUGCUGUACGCCGCGCAAGUGUUGCUGGAAGUAGCCAGGAAGAAUACGAAGAGAGUGAAAGCGAAUCGGACCGUAUCAUGACCAGCUCCAAUGAAGCUCUUGAGCCCAACCUAUCCGAAGGCAUCAACAGUCCGCCGGGCCUCACGACAUCAGCAUCCGAGGAGACGUCUUCAAACGCCGAAGAUGACGACGACGAGAACGCCACGGCGCUGGGUGUCUUGACCAACGAGCCCGUCUUCACUCCCCAACCGAAUGCCUUCUCCCACCCACCACAAUCCUACAACACCAGGCACACCCGCUCACUGGAAACCCGGACCUCAUACUUUCCCGCCCACCGAACCUCAUCCCAUCGACGACCAGCAGCAAGUUCAUACCCGUCUCGAGUCAGAACAAGCCAUACGCCGUACAACAUGCUAGCGCCUUCCCAUACGGCUGAUCAUGAUGCCGCACUGCGCGCCAGCCUGUCCACUCUUCUUUCCUGCGCCCGAGCUCUGCCAAAACGAGACACCCAUUCCACGCAGCCCUCGUCCAACCAGGUCGAACCUUCCACUCUCCGCCUUAUCCCUGAGUCAGCCAUUACGGCCCAACGUUCCCCACCAGCUCUCCCACCCCGUCCUUCUGUCCGCCACCGCACCUCCGCCACCUCCCUCUCCAGCAACGACAAAGGCAAAAGGAAAGCCUCGACAUCAAAAGACAGGAGCCACAGAGAUUCGAGAAGCAAGAAAAGGCGAGCCAACAGCCCCGGCAGGGAGCAGCAGAUCUCGCCUACGCUUAUGACAUGGGUUGUGAGUGCUGGGGUUGUGGUGCUAUUCAGUGCUAUUAGCUUUUCGGCUGGGUAUGUCGUUGGGAGGGAAGUUGGAAGAUUUGAAGCGGGGGCGGUAUCAGGGAGAGAGGGAAUUGGUUGUGGAAAGGAGGUGGGAAGGGGUUUAAGAAGGUUGAGGUGGGGUGGAAGCAGCGGGGGUGUUAUUAGGGUUUGA